CAGCACUAUUGUAAGUUCUGAUAAACUUUAGCUUGCAGACGCCUUGUCUCCCUGACAGCUGAUCGGAGUGACAUUAUUAUUACUACAUUAUGUCCUGCUUAUAUUCCCAGACAGCUCUGGGCGCUGCAGAUAUGACUUAUGACAACUUUUUAAAUGGCAGAUAAUAAUAAUCAAAAAUUAAAAAAAAUCUGGAAACUUUGAGCACUGAAGAUGUCCUAACAUGGAUUGCACGCAUCUGCUUUGGGUCUGCCGCUUCCUGGCUUUAGCCCUUCCAGGCAACUUGCUUGCCAGCAGGAUCUGUCCGGACCUCGUGACUGACAGCUGCCUGUGCACCGCGGAGCGCUCCAAGGGACUGGGGCGACAGAAACUCAUCCACAUCAAGGUGGUGUGCAAUGGAGGGGAGCUAGUGGAGACGCUACAACCUACGUUACUGCCCAACAAAACCGUGGCCCUAAUUCUCAGCAAUAACAAGAUAUCGCUUGUACAGAAUAGAUCUUUUCUUGGAUUAAACUCCCUUGAGAAAUUAGAUCUGCGGAAUAACCUGAUUAGCACCAUCGAGCCGGGGGCCUUUUAUGGACUUUCUGAACUCAGGCGUCUUGAUCUGUCUAAUAACCGGAUUGGAUGUCUGUCACCUGAAAUGUUCAGUGGACUCCACAAUCUCCACAAACUAAAUCUAUCUGGAAAUAUUUUCUCUGUCCUUGAGUCUAAUCUAUUCAAAGAGCUCUUAUCACUAAAGGUCAUAUCUUUUAACACAGAAUCGCUCGUCUGUGAUUGCAACAUGAAAUGGAUUUUAACAUGGGCAGAAGACUCUGCUGUUCGUAUCAGUGAAGACACAGUCUGCAAGCAUUCGCGUCAUGUCCAAGGCCGAGCAUUUCAUUCCAUUGAAAAGACCCAGCUGACCUGUGAUCAACCUCAAGAAUUGCCAAUGUUUCAAAUAAUCCCAUCACAGAAGCAGAUCGUUUUUCAUGGAGAUCGCCUGCCGUUUCAUUGUACCGCCACCUAUAUGCGAGGCACCAGCGAUGUUUACUGGCUUCAUGAUGGGCAGCGGGUGGAAAGUAAUGAGGAGCAUGGGAUCUUUGUGGAAGAAAGAGUAAUACACGACUGCUGUUUAAUCACACGUGAUCUCCUCCUGUCCAGCGUCGGCUUGGAGUCUACAGGCAUUUGGGAAUGUCAAGUGAACUCAUCUUAUGGAAUCACAUCUAAACAAGUUGAGAUUAUUGUCCUGGAAACUGGAGCACCUUAUUGUCCUAUGGAAAGGAUAAUCAACAACAAAGGAGAAUACAGAUGGCCUAGAACAAUAGCUGGAAUGACUGCAUUUCAUCCCUGCAGACAGUUACCUCUCGGUUCAUUGCCAUAUCCUGAUGCAGUAGGAGAGCCAAAAGCCUGGCGUAAGUGUGACAGAACUGGACUCUGGACAGAAGAAGACUAUACAGCCUGUACCUUUUCACAUGAAGUGACGAGAUAUCUUCAUGCCUUUAGUCUGGUGCCAGUAAAUGACACCAACGUCCUUGAAUAUGCUCAACAACUAAUGACCUACACCAAGGGAGCCUCAGACUUCAAUGAUAAGAUGGAUGUGUUGCUUGUGGCUAACAUGAUGGAAAAGAUGAUAACUUUCGUGGGACAGAUCAAACAUCUUGGGGGCAUAAUUAUAGAAAUCGCAAGUAACAUAAUGUCAGUGAAAGACCACAUUUUGUGGAUGGCGCAGAACGAAGCCAAAGCCUGCACCAGAAUAGUGCACUGUCUGGAGCAGAUAUCCGGGCUGUCUUUGAGCGGUAAAACACAAGUCUUGUCAAAGGUUUCCCUUAAUAUCGCACUGGAGGCUGUCCUAAUCAAACCAGCAAGCUUUAUUGGCAUGACUUGCGUUGCCUACCAGAGAACAUCUGUACAUCCGGAGAGAUCAUUGAUCCAUGGUAAUGAGGACGUAGAUUCAGAGAAUAUUGAGAACCACAAUUUAAUUUUGAAAUGUACUUCUGGCAGUCUGAACAGUUCGCUGGUAAAUUUCUCAGCAAAAAACGCCGUAGCCAUCGCUUCCUUUCAUUUGCCACAGUCUGCCUUUGCACAGUCUCCUUCGUUGCAAUCUGUUGAUAACUCCAGUUGCAAGCUACAGCUCAUCGUCUUUCGGAAUGGAAAACUCUUUCCGAUCACUGGGAACACGUCCUACCUUGCAGAUCAGGGGAAACGUCGGGCGGUCGCUACACCAGCUGUGCUUUCUAAAAUAGAUGGGUACAAUUUUGGAAAUCUCAGUCGUCCAUUGACCAUAGCCCUGAGACACUUUACAAGUGGUAUAAACCCUAUCGCUGCCUUUUGGGAUUUUGACCUUCUUGAUGGACAUGGGGGCUGGUGCGGAGAAGGUUGCCACAUAAUUACCUCGACUGCCAACAUCACCACCAUUCAGUGCACUCACUUCGGUAACUUUGCCGUGCUAAUGGAUUUGAAGACUGUGCUGUCUCUCCCUCAGUACCCAGGGGAGUUCCUGCACCCUGUGGUUUAUGCAUGCACCGCUGUUAUGUUGUUGUGCCUGUUCGCAUCUAUCAUAACCUACAUUGUGCAUCACAGCACUAUCCGAAUCAGCAGAAAAGGAUGGCAUAUGUUGCUUAAUUUCUGUUUCCACACUGCGCUCACUUUUGCUGUGUUUGCUGGAGGAAUCAAUCGAACAGGCUAUCCCAUCAUAUGCCAGUCUGUCGGCAUUGUCUUGCAUUACUCUAGCCUGUGCACAGUCUUGUGGAUUGGUGUGACUGCAAGGAACAUUUACAAGCAAGUUACAAGAAAACCUUCUCAAAACCAGAAUAGUGACCAGCCUCAAUUCCCAAAGCAACCUAUGCUCAGGUUCUAUCUUAUAAGUGGCGGUGUCCCCUUUAUUAUUUGUGGAGUUACUGCUGCGACCAACCUGAAAAAUUAUGGAAAUGAAGACAAUGCACCUUACUGCUGGAUGGCAUGGGAGCCAAGUCUUGGUGCAUUCUACGGCCCCGUCGCAUUCAUCGUUCUCGUCACCUGCAUUUAUUUCCUCUGUACCUACAUCCAGCUAAAGCGUCAUCCCGAACGCAAGUAUGAAUUAAAGGAAAGGACGGAAGAGCAGCAGAGGUUGGCAGGUGGAGAAGUGGGUCACAGUCAUAUAACUGAAGCAGGGCCAGUUGCUCAGGCAACUUGCUCCAUGAUUUCAUCUUCCCUGCUGGAAAAUGAGCAUUCAUUCAAGGCCCAGCUACGAGCUGCCGCAUUCACUCUCUUUCUAUUUACAGCAACCUGGACCUUUGGGGCUCUUGCUGUAUCUCAAGGGCAUUUCUUGGAUAUGAUCUUUAGCUGCCUGUAUGGAGCUUUUUGCGUAACUUUAGGCCUCUUCACUUUAAUACAUCACUGUGCAAAGCGAGACGACGUUUGGCAUUGUUGGUGGUCCUGUUGCCCGUCGAAGAGAAAUGCAUAUGCCGUGCCAGCGAACGCCCGCCAGAAAGUGAACGUAAAUGGAGAUGCCCAGGGUCAUGCCACCUGCAUUCAGGAUUCGCCAUGCCCCAAUAAGUCUCCCAUGUACAACCACCCAUCGGUGGGUCAUUGCAAACUUACUAAUUUACAAGCUGUGCAGAACCAUGUAAACUGCCUAUCACCGGUCACACCUUGCUGUGCGAAGAUUCACUGUGAACAACUUAUGGAAGACGAAGCUCAUAUCCAUGUGCACAAUGAAGGUGCUUUUAGACCCAACAUGCACGUUCACAGGUGUCUAAAAAGCAGAACUAAGCCGCGCUACUUCAGUCGACAUAGGUCAGCCGCCGAGAGAGAAUAUGCUUACCAUAUACCUUCUAGCAUUGAUGGGAGUAUCCAUAGCUCGCACACAGACAGUCCACACAGUACACAUGAGGGCCAUACAGGCCACAGACGGGGCUGUUGUGCAGCAAGCGACCCUUACCCUACCACCAACCAGCCCGAGAGCAGCGAUGCAAGUACUGCAAUAUUUAGUUGUGGCAAAAUGCCUGAUUCUGACACUGUGCACCAUACUCACUUUGAGAUGCAACCAAGGAGACAAUCAUAUCCAUUUAACACAACAAAUCCUAACGGGUUACUCAAGGGUAGCAUGCAUGAAGCCAUGAUCUAUAGUUCCGAUACUGCAGGAAACGUGAAAACGGGGCCAUGGAGGAAUGAAACUACUGUGUAGUUCUGGGUCUAGCUCUUUGCGUCUUUCCUGCACUGGUACAAAUGUACGCCAUGUUUUUCAGUUCACUUGUUACGUGUCUGUACAGCACACCAGUACAUGUACAAUGCUUGGUUCUGUUUUCUUAUACAAAGAAACCGAUAAUAAUGUGGAAAUUGUGAAAAUAACAUGUAAAAGAGGAAUAACAAUAAGUGUACUGCAAAGAACCAUGAACACCAAGGUGCAAAGUAGAUCGAAGAGGCAAUAUCCUUUUUUUUUUUUCACGUUAACUCAUGGCACACUUCUCCGUGUUACACUUGUUAAUGUUACCAUGACAAUAAAUUAUUCCAAUAAUUUUUCUAUUAUGUUCUACACAUUGUACUGUAUCUUGUCGGAUAGGUAUCACUUGUUUCCAUGUUAUAGCUAGAGUUGUCUUCAGAACGCGGCCAUAAACCCUUAGCUAUUUGUCCACAUGCAGAUGAGAAAGAAGGAACCUCAUUAGGUGCCACCAACAUAACUGUACCUAUCGGCAGUGGAAGUAACCUAUUCACCAAACUAUGGGGAACAUUUAUUAAGACUGGCGUUUUACACGCCGGUCUUAAUAAAGCACUAUACCUGGUGGUGGUUCCGCCGAAAUUAUGAAGAGGUGCAGGC